CUGGUAUUUUAGCAGCAAUGACUCCACCUCUGUUUGAACACUGUCUACGUAGGCAAGUGAGUGUGUGAGUGUGUGUUCAGCAGGUGUGGUGGCUGCUGCAGGUUGAAGUAGACAGACUUUAAGAGUUGAAGAUGGCUGACUGAAGUUCAGCGGGACAUAAAACCAGAUUUUAUAGCCGACUGAACAAAGGGAGAAGAAAUGAGAUUUAAAUAAAAGAAAACUUCUGGACAGAAACUCUCAUCAUCAGAUCUCCUGUCUUCAUCCUCCUCGUCAUGGCACCUUCAGGGGCUCCACCCAAAACAACCUUCCCGCCACUAACCACUAAGUACCACCCUAUCACCAUCUUUACCACAGCCUACCCCCACACUAACAGCACCCUCAACCCAUUCGCAGCCGCUGCGUCCAACUUCUUCAAUGACCUGCUGAACAAGAUCCCCUUGCCUCGAUGGGCAGUUUAUGCCAUCUUUGCAGCCGGUGCUCUGCUUAUUCUGAUCUGCUGUCUGUGUAUCUGCAUCAAGUGCUGCAAAAGGAAUAAGAAUAAGAAGCAGAAGAAGAAGGAUGAGAAAAUCAAUAUGAACGGCAUGAAUGGAAAAACCACCUCAGCUCUGGUUCAGCCCGAUGUGACGGAUGUGGACUAUGGCACAGCCAAAAAGGAGAGAGGAAAGCUGUUAUACUCUCUAGACUACAGUGCUGCUCAGUCUGAGCUCACAGUGGGGAUCAAACAAGCCAACAAUCUGAUGGCCAUGGACCUGGGAGGGACCUCAGACCCGUACGUCAAAGUCUACAUCAUCCCAGACAAAAUCAAAACCUGUGAGACCAAAGUGUUCAGACACACGCUGAACCCCGUCUUCAACGAACAAUUCAACUUCCCUAUCUCCAAGUCUACCCUUCUGAAGUCGACGGUGGUGAUGCAGGUGUUUGACUUCAACAGAUUCUCCAAACACAACAUCAUAGGUGAGCUCAGGGUGGAGCUCUGCAAUGUCGACUGGAACCACGUCAUCGAGGAGUGGAAGGCCCUUGCUGAGCCAGCCAAGUUUGAGGAAGAAAACCUGGGGGAGAUCUGCUUCUCUCUGCGUUAUGUUCCCACUGCCGGCAAACUGACUGUGGUGAUCCUGGAAGCCAAAAAUCUGAAGAAUAUGGACAUCACAGGAAACUCAGUUACAGACACUUUAACUCCAGAGAGAAAUCCUUAUGUAAAGGUGCAGUUGGCUCUGGACAAGAGAAAGUGGAGGAAAAGGAAGACGUCUGUUAAAAGAAACACUCUGAACCCUUAUUACAACGAGUCCUUCACCUUUGACGUGUCAUUUGAACAAAUCCAGAGGGUGAACCUGGUGAUCUCGGUAUGGGACCACGAUGCCGUGACCCGAAACGACCCGAUGGGGAAGAUCUUCCUGGGCUGUGACGCUUCUGGAAACCAGCUGAGGCACUGGGCUGACAUGUUGUCAAACCCGCGGCGGCCGAUCGCUCAGUGGCACAACCUGCUGUCGGCCCAACAGGUCAACUCCACCCUGACUCUGAAAAAGAGGAUACCCCUUGCCAGCAGAAUGCCCUUCUGAUGGCAGAGAUAGCACGGUCCAACACACAGAUAUAUCAGUAUGCAGAGAUUUAAAUAUUCUACUCUUCUGGAAAUUAUUAAAUCUAUCUGAUUGAUUUACUAUUUUACAUACAAGAUUAACAAUAUAUAUUUUGGUAUUAAAUUUAGUUUAAAUCAAUUUAAUUUAAAAUCCAUUCUUUCUGUAUGAAUUGUAUCAUACAAAGUUAAUUUUACCCUUUUAACAUAAUUAUAUUCUCGUGUUUGUAUUAAAUAUGUAAAAUAUUGUAUCUAUAUGUUUAAGAUCUCUUGAUGCCUCAUUCUCAAACCCCCCAUCAAACCCUCAUCGAUUCCUUCUCUUUAUGUUGGCAAGUAGCAUAGCAUUAGUAGCAUCAAAAAUAACACUUUAGCAGACAUCAGUGCACGUAAAAAUGUGCACAUGACAUAUUCUGAGCUGUGAACAUCAAUGUGGUUUCAGACCUGGGGGUUGGGACCCCAAAUGUGUCACAGGAUAAUUUUACAAAGCCAUUUGAACAUCAAAUGAAAUGAUAUUCAUCAUUUUAUUGACCUUUAUAAAGUUAAAUCAUUUUUAGCUUUCAGCCUCGAAACCCCAUUUUUAAAUCAA